CCACGUGACCGCCGGCCUGCCGUUAGCCCGUCAGCAAUAUGGCGUCUUCCAGGGGCGACGGUUGGGCCGGGCCGAGCUGGCGGCGACCCGGCAUUGUGGCCGCCGAAGGGGCUUACCCUUCGGAUGCGGAAGCCGGGGCCGAGGGCCUCUAUGUAGCCGUGGAGCGCUGCCCUCUUUGCAACAGCACCCGCCGCCGCCUGACCUGCGCCAAGUGCGUCCGCAGCGGCGACUUCGUUUUCUUCGAUGGCCGCGAUUCUGAGCGGUUUUCUGAAAAAAAAGAGAGAUUAAAGCACCUUAGAAAGAAACAGCAUGAAUUCCAGUCUCAGUUGUUAAAAGCUAUAGAGGGGAAGCAGAUAGCAGAUCAACUGAGAUGGAAAAUAAUGUCUUGCAAGAUGAGAAUUGAGCAGCUGAAGCAAACAAUAUGCAAAGAAAAUGAAGAAAUAGCAAAAAAUUCAGAGUGGCUUCUUAGAAUUAAAGAUGAGAACCAGAAACUUUACCGAAGGGCUCAGCGCCAUCAGGACAAGAAGGAGAAAAUCCAGAGGCACAAUCGCCGGCUUGGAGAGCUAGUAGAGAAGAAGAACUAUGACUUGAGAAGCCAUCAUGAGCAUCUGGCAGAUCUCCGGCGGUCACACGUCCUGGAAUUAACUUCUAUUAUAUUCCCUAUUGAGGAAGUGAAAAUCGGUCUGAGGGACUCCACAGAUGUCUCUUCAGAGAGCGACAAUGCCAUGACCUCCAGCACAGUAAGCAAGCUUGCAGAAGCCAGGAGGACCACCUACCUUUCUGGGCGAUGGGUGUGUGAUGAUCAUAAUGGAGACACCAGCAUUGGCAUCACAGGGCCUUGGAUAACCCUUCCCAACAAUGGGGAUUAUUCCGCUUACUACAAUUGGGUAGAAGAGAAGAAAACUACACAAGGACCAGACAUGGAGCAUAACAAUCCUGCUUAUACCAUCAGUGCUGCUUUGUGCUAUGCAACUCAGCUUACUAACAUUUUGUCACUUAUACUGGAUGUAAACCUUCCCAAAAAGCUAUAUAACAGUGAGUUCUGCGGAGAAAAUCUUAGCAGGAGGAAAUUCACCUGGGCAGUGAAAAAGCUAAAUGCCAAUAUCCUUUACCUUUGCUUUUCUCAGCAUGUCAACUUAGAUCUUCUGCACCCUCUACAUACACUCAGAAACUUGAUGUACUUGGUCAGUCCUGAGACAGAACAUUUGGGAAGGUCUGGACCAUUUGAGAUCAGUGCUGAUUUGGAAGAUUCCAUGGAGUUUGUGGACCCCAGCGGUGCUGGUGAAACAGAUGAGAGUGGAGAUGAGCACAUAAGUGAUGAAGAAACUGACCUUGGAACAGACUGGGAGAACCUGCCCAGCCCACGGUUCUGCGAUAUCCCCUCCCAGCCAUUAGAGAUGCUGCAGAGCCAGAGCACGCAGGCUUCUCAACCGAUAGCCAGCAGCAGUGCUGGUGGCAUGAUCUCCUCAGCAGCAGCCUCAGUUACCUCUUGGUUUAAGGCAUACACUGGACACCGCUAAGAAAUAGUUGGGCCUCUAUGACCCACCGUCACUGUAGAAGACUUUGAGAGUCAGUUCGGUAGUGCCUGGAACAACGGGGGGUGGGGGGGUCUGACUUUCAUUUGCAGAAGCUCCAGCAGCUCUUCUUUUGCCCAAGGCAUAAGUUCCUCCCAUUUUUCUGACACCUGCAAUGGAAUUCAGCAGUUCUGAGUCACAGUCUUUGUGUGUAUGUAUGUGUGUGUGUGUGUAUACUGAAAAAAAUUACCUGCACAUUUUGUUUCUAGUCUGUAUUUUUUAAAAGAAGCUAAGAAAGGCAAUCAUUUGAAGCAUGGAAACAGGAAGAGAAUCAUGGAAAAAAGCAAUCUGAGAGUCACGCAAAUGCUUAAAGUCACCCUGGUCAGUCGGUUCUAGCAAUGCCCUUGGACUUCUUGGUUUUCUGGAGUGUGCAUCAUUUACAAACUUAACACACAAAUGUACAUUUCAGGAACCCUCUGGCAAAUGAUGCUUUUUUAAUGAGUUUCUAAACUCUGUUGCCAUACUUUUAAUACAGAAAACCAUCCUUAAAAAAAAAACAACUACUGGCGAUAAUUAUAUCUUUUGUAUGUGUUGCAUUCAUCAAUUAGAAGAUCUUUCUGAAUAUUUUUCACAGUGAGCCACCCAGAGUUCCCAGGCUCCUUGUUCUAGCACCUGACACCAAAGAAAGGCUGGCCCAUAAUAAUUUGUAAAUAUAGAGCCACUCUGCUGUGGUCAGAAAGUUUGCAUCCAUACGUUCUUUCAUAAGGUGGAAGCACACUGCUCCUGCAGUUUGGUUUUGUGUACUACUUGUUCUCUGUCUUUUGGAAAGCUGGCACUCCUGAGAUGAGAACAUGAGGACUUCUCCUUUUUGUGUCCUGUUAGUGGCUACAGCAUGUUGUACAUAGACUUUAAAUCAAUUGUGAUUUUGUUUUGAAUUUUGGAGGGAUUUUGGAAGUAAAAAAGCUUUCCAUUUUCAUUGUAUUAUUCUCAUCCAUUUUUCUUUAACAUAUAUAUGUUUAUAUAUUAGAUCUAUUUCAGAUGCUUCCUGGCCGGUCAAGUCAGUUUGCAUGUCUGUCGGUGUUUUUCUUUGUCCGGACAGUGUUGGCUGUCCAUGCUGAGAUCAGAACUUGGGGGUUAGGCAGUUUUGCAUUACUCUUCCUAUUAAAAAGGACGAGGGACAGUCUUGCAAAUCAGGCUAAUUUGAGGAUUCAUCACGUGUCUCUCAUACCAACAUAUCUUUUACUUGAUCAUAAGAAAACAUUUUCCAAAUCAUCACAAUUUUCACUGUGGAACUCCAGUGGGGGGGGGAAAAAAACACUCUGUAACAGGUCUGGGUGGAGAUUGUUUAUAUUGUAAUGGAGUAAGGAGAAAACGGCAUGCAGUCAUUUGCUCCUUCAUAAAGCAGUUUCUGCCUUCAUAUUGCCUAGUGACCCAAAAUAAAUUGGCUAGGCAACUAUAGUUUCUGUUACAUCAUUUAUAUGCCGCCCCAUUUGUGGUCUCUGUGUUUUUAGUUAAUAGUCCUAGCAAUCUGAGUUUUAGAUGUUUUUCUGCCUUGGAGCCAGUUCAGCCUUUCAGCAGAGCAGGUACACCCCCUGAUGUGGAAUAUCCUCCCUUGAAGAAUACACACACAAUGUUUGUCCAACAUUAAUGCUUUGGCGAUUCUGUGUUGGGCGCUUUUUUCCUGUAUUACAAAGAUUUGCAAUCAUGCAAGAAUUUCUGAACUGGCAAAUAAGUUUUAUUCAGUGUUUCUGUGAUGGUCUUCUAUUUAAGCCUGGAGUGCAUAGAAGGAAGUGCAUAGGGUUUUAAGUAACUUUGCUAUGCAGAUUCUCCUUCCCCCGCUUCCCCGCCAAAUAAGGAUUUAUCUGGAGGAUAGGGAAACUACUACUUUAUAUUUCUGUUGCUAAACCAAAGAUUGCUUUAGUUAGGUGUUUUGAUUUAAAACCAGAUGGUGUGAUUUUUCCAUUCGUCAGACUUAGUAUAGAACAGGGGUCUCCAACCUUGGUCCCUUUAAGACUUGUGGACUUCAACUCCCAGAGUCCCUCUGGGAGCAAAGCUGGCUGAGGGACUCUGGGAGUUGAAGUCCACAAGUCUUAAAGGGACCAAGGUUGGAGAUCCCUGGUAUAGAAAGACAGCAAUACAAUGAUCCACAACCAUGUCUUUACUGGUUUCUGUAGAAGCCAUGUUGAUUUACAAACAAAGUGGCAGUGGACGGAAUUGUGGGUGACUGGCCUUUGUCUCAAAGAUCUUUGGUGACAUGGGAUUGUCCUCUUACCUACUUCUGUUAAUGAAACAAGUGGAAAUUUGUAAGAAGAAAGGCACUUUAUUAGUUGCAGGUGAUAUGGGCUGCUUAACAUUGUGAUUGGCGGGGUGGGGGGGGUAGAUGGCAGGCAGGCUCUGAACACUGUAAAUACCGUUGCUUUUCCUCUUCUGUUGUGUGUUCCUUUUUUCUGCUUUUUAUUUUUGAAUGCAAACCCUUGGAAAUCAUUUCUAGUGAACUGAGGGAAAUAAGUUUAAAAGCCAGUAAGCCAUGAAUCCUUUUUGCUUGUCAGUUUCAACUUCUUAAAAUGGUGCCUCUCUCCUUCCAACAGUGGAACAUUGCUUUGGAGGCCACCAAAAGGCAUCCAAAUAGUAAUAAGGUAGGGUGCUGCUCCCUUUCAAGGAAAAAAAAUGUAUUUUUUUAACGUUUUUACACUUCUAGAGCUAUCUGGAGAAGCUACAAAUACGUUUCUAAAUACGUGCAAUAGAGAAACAUUCUGCUUCAUGGACAGGGAUAUCCUGGGUUUUACAUCACUAAUUGCACAUUUUACAAGAUGUUACGGUAUCAACAAAGGUACAGCUGUAUGUUUAGGCCCAAGAAUCUCUACAUGCUUAAUGGGUUACUAGAAAUACAGUAAGCGGUUUGCUGCUUGAAAAUUGGUUCUCCAAACAAGGAUCGCUAAUUGAAUAUCCCUAAAUCCAUAGCUUCUUUUUUUUUAAGCUCAUGACCUUGUGGUGCCACUUUCAAAACUAGUAGUCCUAACUAAAUGCAAAUGUGUUUUUAAAAUUGUACUACUGCAAUAAAUCUUUGGGGUUUUUUAAAGAUUGUUUG